UCCUGAUGUUUGAUGUUGAAGUUGUCUAACACUUUUGUGUGAGACAUUACUGAUGUUUGACACCAAAUUUGUGUAUUCGCUUGCUGUCUCAUAUGCUAUGCCUGCAUUUAGUUUCAGAACAAAACCAUUGGUUGAGUUUUAAGACAGUACGACAUAAGGUUGAAUGGUUGAUACUUGAUAUGCCUCUUUUCUUAUAGCAUUUGUGUCAACAUCAAAACAUCAGAUAUGAUUUGUGUUUGGAUAGAUGUGUAAUCACUUAUGCAAUCACUCUAUGUUUCUUGUUAUUCCAUGCUCUAAGUUUGCUAAUGCAAUGCUAUUAAUUCUCUUUCAGGCAGUAGAAAAUGGCAGAUGGUGAGGAUAUUCAGCCACUUGUCUGUGAUAAUGGAACAGGAAUGGUUAAGGCUGGGUUUGCUGGAGAUGAUGCUCCCAGGGCUGUAUUUCCUAGCAUUGUUGGCCGCCCUCGCCACACUGGAGUGAUGGUUGGCAUGGGACAGAAGGAUGCAUAUGUUGGAGACGAGGCACAGUCUAAGCGUGGUAUCUUGACUCUGAAGUACCCUAUUGAGCAUGGCAUUGUCAACAAUUGGGAUGAUAUGGAAAAAAUCUGGCAUCAUACCUUCUACAAUGAACUUCGUGUUGCUCCAGAAGAGCAUCCAAUCCUCCUCACUGAAGCACCUCUCAACCCAAAGGCUAACCGUGAAAAGAUGACACAAAUCAUGUUUGAAACAUUUAAUGCACCAGCUAUGUAUGUUGCCAUUCAGGCUGUUCUUUCCCUUUACGCUAGUGGUCGUACAACUGGUAUUGUGCUUGACUCUGGAGAUGGUGUCAGCCAUACAGUCCCUAUUUAUGAAGGGUAUGCUCUUCCACAUGCCAUCCUGCGUCUUGAUCUUGCUGGUCGUGACCUCACUGAUCACCUGAUGAAGAUUUUGACUGAGCGUGGUUACUCAUUCACCACCACAGCUGAGCGUGAAAUUGUGAGAGACAUGAAGGAGAAAUUGGCCUACAUUGCCCUUGACUAUGAACAGGAACUAGAAACUGCCAAGACCAGCUCUUCUGUUGAGAAGACUUAUGAGUUACCUGAUGGUCAGGUGAUCACCAUUGGGGCUGAGCGUUUCCGAUGCCCUGAAGUCCUCUUCCAACCAUCUAUGAUAGGGAUGGAAGCUGCUGGCAUACAUGAAACAACAUACAACUCCAUAAUGAAGUGUGAUGUUGAUAUCAGAAAGGAUUUGUACGGCAACAUUGUUCUUAGUGGUGGUUCCACCAUGUUCUCUGGUAUUGCGGACAGAAUGAGCAAAGAGAUCAGCGCAUUAGCCCCCAGCAGCAUGAAGAUCAAGGUUGUUGCUCCUCCUGAGAGGAAGUAUAGUGUCUGGAUUGGAGGUUCGAUCUUGGCAUCCCUCAGUACAUUCCAGCAGAUGUGGAUCAGCAAAGCUGAAUACGAUGAGUCUGGCCCUUCAAUUGUGCACAGGAAAUGCUUCUAAGCACAACAAGCAAGGAGAAGAUGGAAUUAAAGUUCUUUGGCUUCGGGAAGUAAAUGCUUCUUGCAUUUGCGUAUCUUGUUCCUAGGAUCUGUUUUUUUCCUCCCCUAUCUCUCUAUAGUCUUGGCAAUAACCUUGAAAAGAUGGGGCGAAUGUCUGAAUAUUUCAGUUCCCUUUCCCAUUUCCUCUUGGUAGUAUUGAGGGACUAUUGCCCAUCUUGUUAUGUAUUUUGUACUACUUAUUUUUCCUUUUUCUCUGGCUUGUUUUACUUAUUAGCGUGAUAAAUAAACAAAUCUUAA